AUUCUGUACGGCAAAUCCGGACAGAAGACUUGGUGUAUCGUUGGUGCAUCUAGAGGUAUAGGUCUGGAGUUUGUGCGACAGUUGAUUGCUCGUGAGGACCGCAUAUUCGCUACUGUCCGCGACACCGCCGCCGUUCAUGCAUCUGGGCUUUGGGCGCAAGCAGGAGGUGAUCAUGGGCGCUGUCAGAUGUUGAUCUGCGACGUCUUGUCAGAACAAAGCAUAAAUAGUUUCGUUGCUCAGCUUGCCUCAGUACCGAACCUGAAGUUGGACUAUGUUGUAAUUAAUGCCGGUGUGUUGAGGUAUCCGAAUUNNUCUUUCGACGAAUUUGCCUUCCAUUUGCAUACCAACACGAUCGGACCAAUAAUCACUGCUCAAAGACUCCUUCAGACAAUGAUCCCGAUAGGGACGAUUGUCUUCAUGUCAAGCGACUCUGGUUCGGCACAGCGAUUCCUGGAGAUGGAAGAUGNNGGUAAAUACCUUGGUAAAGUAUUCUGCAUCCUCACUCACCGCUUUUUCAGGUUCGCAGCUUACUCUGCAUCAAAAGCUGCAUUAAAUCAAGCAAUGCGGCAUAUGGCUGCCGAGCUCAAGCGAAAGGACGACGACACCAUCUUGCUAGCAAUCCAUCCAGGAGAGGUUGCCACGUAUNAUAUGGCCAACAUUGAUCUGGGUUGGGAGGUCGACGGCAUAAUGACACCGCAGGUAUCAGUAUCGGCGAUGAUCAAAGUCAUUGAGAGUAAAGGAAUACAGCACAGUGGAACUUUUUGGACUUGGGAAAACAAA